AUGUCGAACAUGAUACACCGAAAUACCCCCAACGAAGAACUCCUUUAUGCAACAGUCAUUUUCCAGAGACUCGAGCCUUUAUUUUCUCCCCUUGGUGUUGAGGCCUGGAUUGCCCAUUCCGAGGGAACGAAUGCUUUUUUGAGAAAAUGCCAUCGUGAUGCCCCAAGCAACCCUCUGGUCGGAUCAAUAUACCAGCAUCAAAAAGUAUUGGGAGUGACGGACCCAUUGAAGUCCUCAGAGACCGCCGGCAAGCCCAUUGCCGGGCCCUUCGAGAUAUACGCAGCAUUCAAGCCCAUCCUCGCUGGCUUUAAGCAGCUGAACACUCUCAGUAGUCCUGAGUAUUGCGAGAAGCUCCUCAGAGAUUGCAUUUCCCACAAAGAUAAUAUAUCCGCCUGGUUCGCCAGCAUAAAGCCAUCACUUGGCACGGAGCCCACUUCUUACCCAAACUUCAAAUCAACCUGUGCACAUUUGCCCGCAACAGAUGAAGUUUUCGGUGCCGCAUAUCGUUUUCCUGAUCUCAAAAGUGCUAGGCUUCAUGUUCUCUACUGGACGGCAUUAUGCCUCGUGUACCCAAUGAUCUACCAGGCCAAGAUACACACCAUGGCGCACGCUGGAUGCGCUAGGACUAUGGAUCCAAACACUGACCAGGACUACAUGCUUUCCUGGUACUAUGCAGACGAAGCCUGUCGAGGCAUCCCGUAUUGUCUGACGAAUACUGAGCAAAUAUGGGGCGCCCAGGGCGUGAUGUUCUCCAUAGCUCAGGCUUCACUGGUCUACAGCAAUACCAGAUGGCGAGAGAAAUUCAUGUGGUGCCAGAAUGCAUUUACGGCUAUAGAGUAUCUCGGGUUUGGACUUGCAGUUUGUCUUAGAGAGGCUGCCUUGAAACAUUGGUUCGUCUCGGAGAAUACACAUGUGAUGCCCACCUCCAUCCUUCCAUUGAGAGAUGGGUCGCUGAAGACAUCAGUGCCUUCAACGGAUGGAGGGCCGAGGACAAUUCUGGAGAUAAUUGAGCUACCGACUGAUCCUUAG